AUGUCUUCAUCAUCAGCAUCAACCAAUUAUCCACCUCUCGAAGUUGAUAAACAUGUAAAAUACUUUAUGGGACAUUGUAGUGUACUUCCACACUUUUAUGGUUCUCAAGAUACCAACAGAAUGACAAUAUUGUAUUUUAUAAUUUCCGGCUUGGAUGUUCUCGGAAAAGUUGAUCUGGCUUUGAAUGAUGAGAGAAAAAAGGAAAUUAUUGAAUGGGUUUAUUCUAAUCAAAUUGGACCAGAUCAAAAUGAAAGUAAUUUGGAGAAGUGUGGAUUUAGAGGAGGUAAUUUUAUUGGUUUACCAAUUGGCUGUUAUGAAUGUUGUCAUGAACAUCCACUCUCUGAAAAUCAGAUCAGAUAUGAUGUUGGACAUAUUGCUAUGACUUAUACUGCUCUUGCAAUUUUAAGAAUUCUUGGAGAUGAUUUCUCUAGAGUUAAUAAGAAAAGUAUUAUUGGAGCUUUGAAAUACUUACAAGAUAAGAAUGGUUGUUUUAAAGCAACUUGUUUUGGAAGUGAGACUGAUAUUAGAUUUACAUUUUGUGCUUGUGCUAUUUCAGCAUUUUUGAAUGAUUGGAGUGGUGUAAAUAAGGAAUUAGCUUUUGAAUAUAUUAAAAGCAGUCGUGGAUAUGAUUAUUGCUUCUCUCAUGGUCCAGGAUUGGAAUCUCAUGGAGGAAGUACUUAUUGUGCAAUUGCUGCGCUGGAUUUGAUGGGAUAUCUUGAUAAAUUGGAUCAUCAAGAAGAAAUGAAGGAAUGGUUAUUGAAAAGACAACUUUCUGGAUUCCAAGGAAGACCACAAAAGGAUGCUGAUACUUGUUAUUCAUUCUGGGUUGGUGGUACUUUACAAACACUUGAUUGCUUACAAUAUGUGGAUGAAGUACAAACAAAAUUGUUCACAUUAUCUUGUCAAACUGAAUAUGGCGGUAUAAGUAAGGUCAAAGAUACCUAUCCAGAUGUAUUGCACACUUACAUGUCAUUAGCAGGUUUGAGCAUGCUAGGAUUUGAGGGUUUGAACAAGGUUUUCCCAUCUUUAAAUAUUACUGAAAGAGCUGCUAAAGGACUUGAAUGCUUUGAUUCAAGACAAUAA